AUGAAUGAAGAAGACAGCGUAUUAAGGCAUUGUGCUUGCUGCAAAAUGCCUCCAACAAUACUUCUUGCACAGAGCACCUUCUGCACAAAGUGCUUCCUGGACAGGCUCGAGCGGGGGUUCUUCUCAGAGAUUAGGAAGGCGCUUUCGCACACAUUCCGGAGCAAAAUGCGGAAAGUUCUAGUGGUGAUUGAUGAAACUCUGUCGUCGCAGGCAGUGCAGAGCCUCACCAGGAGAAGCACUGCCGCCAUGAUAGCGUACGACUACUGCACGUUUUCCCAGGACAAGCCCGACUGCAUACAUCUUGUAUCAAAAGAUAGCAGCCACAGCAGCAGGGUAGAGGCUGCGAAGGAGUACGGGCUAGAGCAUGGGUACGACUGCGUCAUAUUCAGCCACUACUCGGUGGAGGUUGCAUACGAGAUUCUUAAAAUGAUCACGGUUGGCGAAAUUGUGCAGUACACCACGGCCUUCAAAGGCACCAAAACAAUGACAGUGUGCUACCCAUUCUACGCGCUUUCCUACAAGUCAAUUCUCUACUUCUGCUUCCACACAGGUCUGCUGCACGCUCCGUUUGGGAUAAAGGCAGACUCCAGCAAGGAAAACAAGGCACACAGAGUUCUGCUGAGAGACUUGCUAAAAAACUCGCCGGCAAGCAUACUGAAUCUUAUUAAAAUACAGAGAAGAGUAGAAGAAAUGUAA